AUGAACUUAGUCAGUCGAGCUGCCGGCGUAUUACCUGUGGCUUCUCGCUUAGCAACCUUCCAGCCAACAGCUACCACGGGAAUUAGGAACUUUACAGACCAAAAAAAGAUUUCUCCUGCAACGAGUACGCUCCUCAAAGUUGAUUGGCUUCUUCAGAAAAUUACCCCACUAGUUCUCAAAUCGAAUGUUCGAGACUUUAUCGAUAUUUGCAAAGAAGACGUUCAAUUCGAUGAUCGGAUUUUCUCGAAAAAGUUGAAUGGACGAACGCAAUUGAUGUCACACAUCGCUAAAGUUCGCAUGUACUACCGCUAUUUGUCGCCAUUCAACAAAGUUGAAUGGAUCGGCUCCUGUGUCUACGAGAACGAAGACGUUAUUGUCGUCCUCUGGCGUCUAACAACCCUCGAUUCCAGUUUCAUGACCUACUUCCCAUCUUUUAUCACUAAAAAAGAGAACAAAAUGAUUGUGAAGGAAGGAGCUCUGGAUGUGAGAAUCGAUCAGGAGGGCCAUGUAUUGAACAUUGUCAAUCGGGCAAUUACAGCGUCGGAUAGAGAAGGAGCAAAGUCGUUGGCUAAAUUAAAGGAGCAGCAAUAUCAAGAAGAACUGAAACACGAGGAGAAAGAAUUGAGGAAGGAGUUCGAUAGACAGUACCAUAGCUAA